AUGGAAAGAUUAGAGGAACAGCAAAGGAAUAUGGCUGAGAUACACGCCACACAAGUUAGACAAGAACAAGAGAGGGAUGCUGCUAUAGCUAUAGCGAUAGCGGCACAGUGGAUUAUUAAGUUCGAUAAACACAACCCUCCUACUUUUGAGGGAACCUUUGAUAUGCAAAUAGCCGAGGACUGGAUAACCCAGCUAGAAAAGAUUUUUAACAUCCUGAAGUGUCUAUCUGAGAGGAAGGCUCAGAUGGCAAUAUACAAGCUGGAAGGGGAGGCAAAUAGAUGGUGGAAGAACACCGAGCUGGUCCUUCAGGCCAACAACACCCUGAUCAACUGGGAGGUAUUCAAGGACCAAUUCUUCUUGAAAUAUUUUCCCCGAUCUGUAAGGGAUGAGAAAGAAACAGAGUUACUUACUAUAAGACAAGCAGCAAAUGAACCCUUCGAUGAGUACCUAGCGAGGUAUAUCAAGUUGUCUAGAUACUCUACUUACCCCCAGCGUAUGAAUGAUGAGUGUUGGUUAAUAGAGAAAAUGAUCAGGCGGUUGAAGCCUGAGUUGAGAGAGAAGGUAGCCCUAAGAUAG